AAAAACAAUUCAUAAAUGUUUUAGACUCAAACAAAAUGUCAGAGGCGUAACUGGCUAAACGCAGGCUUGGGAGCCCUGGUCCGACUGCAGCCAUAUUCUGCCUAGUUUCCAUGUCUCCCUGCCGCAACACUCCCGAUUCUAAUGUUAAUCAGUUGUGUUGGAGUAGUGUUAGGAUACGGAUUUUAGCUAUUGAUCUGACUCCAAAUUGUGAUCAACACUUAACACAAAAAUUGCUAUGUUCUAAUCCACACACUGGCGCACCUAACAAUUUUGCGAGUUCGUUCUGUCAAAGAGAAGACCAGUAGAUCAAUCAGACCGAAUUUACCAAUUGUUUAAUCUUGACAAAGCAAGCUAAUACAGGCGCCUGGGUCUUGGGUCCUUAACACAAAAACUCGUGUGCCUUCGUGACCAGAAAAGACGACACAUUCUUCCGGGUUGCCCAGUUUUAAAGAAACACAAUAUGAAUAUUCAAACAUGCAAAAGAUUGUGUGGUGAUUGGUCGAUGGUCUGUGGUCAUCUCCUCGUUUGGGUUUUCCCCUGCUCAGCACAGGUGUCUGGACCACAAAGACGAGUUGUUUUUCGCGUUCCCAUCGGCCUUGAGAUAUGCUCCCUUUCUGGACCUCCUGUUCCACAAUACUUUGAAGAAAACAAAUUCAUGUAGCCUGCACAUUCCUUUCCACUUAUUAAGCAACCACACUACUACUAGAAAUUAUAUUGAUAUGGUUAUAUGUGUCUAACAGAGCCUUAAUCAAAUGUGUUUGCAAACUGCCGAAAGUACAUUUCCCUUUAGUAGGGAGACUGAAAAUAAUACUGGAACAGGCAGGGUUCCCUACUCGGGACAACCUUCUGCUUGACACUGCCUAGAGUCUAGGCAAGCAGGAGGCUCAAAGCUACUUGUCCUGUUAUACCUUGACUGUGGAUCUCAUAAUGGGAUUAUCUAUUCUCAGUGCGCCACGCAGUGAGUCCAAAUGCAAUACAGAGUAGCCGGUCACCAUGAAAUAGGUGAGAGGUAGCGCUAAGGAAUUGUAUUCUCCCUAAAUCAGAAAAUGGAGCUGUAGAGCAGUCAUGCACCCUCAGCUGGAUGCGGAGGCAAACGGCGGUCAGGCGUCAUUUCGUGACAAUGACGACAGUGAUUCAGAAAGCAGUCAGGAGGAGCCACCACCAACUAACUGGAAUGAACUGUCCAUCAUAGAUCGACUGGGCCUCAACAGUGUUGAGAUGUCAGAGACCGAUUUGGAAAGGCAGUUCACUCAGAUUGCCUUGGCCUUCCGAUGUGACCAAUACACCUUGAAGCAGAGGCUCCAGGCAGAAGAGCAUGCUCGCAACCUGGCCGAGGAGAAUGUCCUACUGGAGCUUUCCAGAGGCAGAGAGACGCUGGAGGCAUUAAAAGGUUUGUGUCUGGACAGUAAACGUAGUAAAAUCGUGCAGAAGUUGGAGUUGUCGCUGGACAUCCUCACUGGCACCGUUGAACGCAUCUCCAACACGGCCGAGGUGCUUGGAGCAGUACACCAGGAGGCUCGUGUGAGUCGCGCAGUGGAGCUCAUGGUGGCUCAUGUGGAGAACGUCAAGAGGCGACUGGAGCGACAUGAGACGGAGCUGGAGGAGGCCAAGAAAAUGAUCCAGCAGCAGAAUUUCCGAAGGAGCAUCGACGAGACUGGAGAUGUGGACGAAAGUGACAACUGGAAGAAAAACUUUCUGCAGAAUGGCAGUCGUCGCAGAAUCAGUGUGUCACUGAUUCCAAGUGACAUCGAGCCUCUCAAGAAGGCAAAGCGAGAUUCCAAGAAACGGCGCACUCGUGGAGAAGCUGACCCGGGCAGUAAGUUGUUUUCUGCUUGCCCGUCUCCCUGCUUGAGCUCGGCAUCCAGCUGCAGCGGCAUCAACAAGGACGACAACAACUUGAUGGAUGACAGCCCACUUGAUCCAGAUGAAGUAUCUGCCCAUGUGCCUCACUCAGAGCCACCUCCCCAUCCGUCUCCCAUCCCAGAAGGUCUUGUCUCAUGUAAAGGUGGAAAGGUGCCACACAAAAGUUGCAUGCCGGACACAACGAAGCAAAGGCACAAGAGCAAAUCUUCAAUGGCAAAGAAAAAGACUGCCGACAAGGAGAAGAAAAGGUCAAACGUCUGCCAAAGGAUUUCUGUAGAGGGCUCGCCGUCCAGGCAGCGCCCACUGGCUCGCCAUCGCUCCCUGAUGUUCUGCGUCUUUUUGCUUCUUUCCUUCAUCACUUGGAUUUUUUUCUUUGUGUAAGAAUGCUAAAAGUAACAUAGUAUGGGAAAUAUACUUUGAAAUGCCCAUAUAUAUUGGUAAAAUGGUGCCUGCCUCCCAUUACAAUCUGUGUGAAAUUAAACAGCAAAAAAGUCAAU